AUUUUAGUGAGCCACUCACAUGAGGUCCAGAAUCUAUAUAUUAACCCACUUCCCAUCCCUCCAGCCUCACAAAGACAACUAGUAAUAUUACAGUAGGUUUUUCUUCACCUGAAAGGAGACACACAGAACCGCGACCAUGUCAGAAGCGCCGCCAAAACCAAAGUCAAAGAUCUCUGCAUCUCGCAGACUCUUCUUGAAGACCAAACUGGUGAAGAAGGCCAUGGCUAUGUUGGUGUCUGAAAAGGAGCAGAAGGUGAUUGACAGAGAAACCACACUGAGUGAACGAGUCCCAGCACUCAAGAUAUCUGGGCUGUCUGUGCAGGACCUGCAGAAUCUUUGUAAAGAACUGCACCAGAAAAUUGAUGUUGUUGAUGAAGAGCGGUACGACAUCGCGAUGAAAGUUUCCAAAAGUGACGCAGAGAUUGAAAAUCUGACCAUGAAGAUCAUUGAGCUGAAGGGCAAGAAGCGACCUCAGCUGAAGAGGGUGAGAGUAUCAGCUGAAGCCAUGAUGGGGGCUCUGCUGGGAGCCAAGAUCAAAGAGUCGGUCGACUUCAAGGCCAACCUCAAGACUGUCAAGAAGGAGGAGGAGAAGAAAGAGGAAGUGACUGACUGGCGUAAGAAUGUGGACGCCAUGUCUGGCAUGGAGGGUAGAAAGAAGAUGUUUGCUGCUUCCUAAUAAUAGUCAUGGGUAGAAUGAUGAAAUCAUAUGACUUCUCAGUGUUUAACUUACAUUAUGACAGUCAAGGAACAAAGGUAGUUUGCAUAGUUUUAAUGUAGCUACGGAGUCUCUUGCAUUGUUAUUUGUUUUGUGUGUGUAUGCAAAUCCCAUUUAUAUCAUAUGAUAAUUAUAGUCACUCAAUGGAAAAUGAUGUAUUAUGUGUAUGUAAUAUGUUAUGGAAUGUUUCCAUAACAUAUUUAACAUUCCAUAACAUAUUACAUAAAAAUAAUACAUUAUUUUCCACAUAUUAUGGUAUGUAUAAAUAAAAUGUUGGAUGUUAGAAGUUAUCCAAAUAUGAUUUUGUUACUGACAAUAAAGCACUUGUGUUAUCAUU